CAUUACGGUAAGCGUGGAGAUUCUGUCGGAUCUCGGACGUGUUUCCAAAACCACAGCAAAGCGAUGUAAAUACAUCAACCGCAAGACAACCGCGUACUGUCCAGCUACUGUUUGGAAGAAAUCAGAGGGUUUCCUACUGGACUAGUAUGCUUUGAGCCUGUAGCCCUUUCGCUGAACGCAGGACGGAGGAACACCUGGGUGGCAGACGGAGAGCCAGCGACUCGUGUCCGGGGUUGGAAGUGGACCCCAGGUCUCAGGUUCGGAAGUUCUCGUCACUCAGUUGGGUGAGUCUUGACCUGCCUCCCCCCAUCCCUCACCCCUGGCCCUGGUUUCCCCCAACCCUCCGCCCCCCCACCUCUCUAACAUGGCCUCCAAACCGCACCCCCCCCUCAUGAAGAAGCACAGCCAGACGGACCUGAUCAGCCGUCUGAAGACCCGCAAGAUCCUGGGCGUCGGUGGCGAGGAUGACGAUGGCGAGGUGCACAGGUCAAAGAUCAGCCAGAUGCUGGGAAACGAGAUCAAAUUUGCUGUGAGGGAACCCGUGGGCCUCAGGGUCUGGAUCCUGGUGUCAGCGAUCCUCUUCACCAGCAUGGCGGUAAUGGCGUUGGUGUUUCCUAACCAGCUGUACGAGGUGGUGUUUGACAAGGAGCUGUCGGUUACGAGCAUCUCCAUCCGGCUGUACGGGGGGGCGCUGCUGAGUAUCUCCUUAAUCAUGUGGAACGGGCUGUACACGGCAGAGAAGAUCGUUAUACAGUGGACGUUGCUGACAGAGGCCUGCUACUUUGCUGUGCAGUUUUUGGUGACGUCCUUCACCCUGGUGGAGAUUGGCUCGGUGUCCAACGCUGCCAUCCUCCUCCUCCUCAGCAGAGUGCUCUUCCUCGUCGUCAGCCUCUCGUACUAUUACCACCUCGGACGGAGACCCAAGAAGAUCUGAGGGGUUCUGGAGGCGUCCAGGGCAGGGCGGGGCCAGGAAGUGGUGGCGUCUGGAUGUUGGGGUCACAUUGUACAAAAAGUGUGGGUACACCAUUGUCUAAAAUUCCCAAGCCCCACCCACCGCUCCCUCUAUCCUAUCUGGACCAAACAUGACCAAAACCACACCCCUUUUGUUUUACACUGCAGAAUCUCUCUCAUAGGGCACAUACAGAUCCAAAAAGAACCCCCCCCCCCACCCACCGUGUUUUAGUAGAUUAAGUGAACGGUCUUGUUGAUUGACAGGCUUGCCCCCCGUGCCCCCCCCCCCCCAUUUUUGUGUAGGAAGCAGCCAAAACAUUGGGGUUCACACAUGGCUGUGAAAGCAGUAUUAGAAAGGGGGCGGUGCAUUUCAGACAAUGGGGUGUCCAUCUUGCUGUCUCGGCUCCUCCCCCAAGUCAUGUGACUCGUUGUGUAUGUUCAGUGUAAAGGGCACGUAGGCUGGACUCGGGCAGCGUGCGUUCCGCGUGCAGGACUCUCUGUGUGUUUUGAGCUCAUUCAGUACCGAGCGUGUGCUUGUGUGCAGCAGUAAAGUAGAGUCGGCGUUUGUUGUGCUCGGUUGCCUAGGAGAUGACCUUCAGCUUCCUGUUCCGCGACCUCAGGACCUCCCUCGCUGGUGUAGCGCUUUCAGUUAAACCAGGGAAAGAAGACUUUCAGCUCUCUUCAAGAGUUAAGUUCACAGAGAGUUCAGAUAAAAACAGUCUCAAGCGAAGCUCUAUUCAGUAAUUAAUUAUAACUGUGAAAGAGUUGGGAUUUAGGGGUUUGCUUCUAUUAUUAGUGUUAAACAGGACCCCCCCCCCCCACCUCCCCCAACCCCCCAGCCUUUGAGAGCUCAGGGAAUCUGGUCUUUGUUCACCAUCACUCCUGCCUGAUAACGCAUAACAGAAUGGAAAAAGAAAGGGGUCUUAUAUGUACCUGAAAUAUUUUAACUCAGUGGUCCCCUCUGUGCCCUCUGGGGGGGAAGGGGGGGGGCACAUGGAGACAACAGAGGGGAUAUGGUGAGGGUUGAAGGAAAAGGGCACAAUGCAGUGAGUGAGUGAGUGAGUGAGUGAGUGAGUGAGUGAGUGAGUGAGUGAGUGAGUGAGUGAGUGAGUGAGUGAGUGAGUGAGUGAGUGAGUGAGUGAGUGAGUGAGUGAGUGAGUGAGUGAGUGAGUGAGUGAGUGAGUGAGUGAGUGAGUGAGUGAGUGAGUGAGUGAGUGAGUGGUUUAAAAAUGUCCUAUUAUCAAAAACAAAAAGUUUGGGAACCACCACUGAACAAUUUAGAUUCUGAUCAAAUUUUAAAACACUCCUGCAGAUCCCUGAGAAUUUUCAACAAAACCUACUAACCAAAAUGUACAAUUAUGGAAAGAUGAUUUUGUAUCAUACUAAUGAUGACAAUAAAUGUUUCUUGAAAAAGCUGUGAGUAAUUUUACUGCCAUGUAAAGGGUGUUUAAAGUAUUUUGGUUAUUUAUGUGACCCUGGUCAGAAAGGAACUUAUGCUAGGGAAAUGGUGUCCUUAUUUGGACACUACACAGAUGAGUGAUGAGAUCAGUACAAGAUGCAUUUCAGAGAAGCAGAGGCUUGUUUUAAAUUCUGUUCAAAUUAAUUAAUGAUGCUACCCUGAUUAGAAUGCUCAGUGCUCCUACAAGAGACCCCUAAAUUCUGCAUGCACCCCCCCCCCCCCCCCCCCCCGAUCAUUACAUGCAUGGGCCUGUUUGUCUGUAUGGUUUCUCUCUCUUGUUUCUUCAGCAGCUUGUGUUGAGGUUGUAAAAAAAAAAAAAAAAAAUCCCACUGGCUUACCCCUUCAAAAAGCACAGAGCAUGUUUGGUGUAGCACAUUGAGAAUUACACGCACAUAUAUUCACAGAUUAGAUUAGCGAAGUUUUCAAACACAGCAUAUCCGUAGUGUUGCCUUAACUAAAACUAAAUGUGAAGAGACGGUGUUUUAUACGUGUUCAGUGCGGUGUACAUAGCGCUAUCGAUAGACGUUAGCGCCAUCGCUUUAUUUAAAGAGCAGGAAGGUGUACAUUUAGCUGUUUGUGAAGCGAGCAAUCUGUUUAUACAGUGGAUGUGGUUUUCAAGGAUACUCCACCGUGUCAUUGAAUUUGUUUUUUUUUUUUUUUUGUCUUUGUUGGUUUGGAGACAGCAUUUUCAACACUAAAUCCGGUGCAUUAAAGUAGCAUGUUUUGUAGCACAGAUGAGAUUUGAGGUUGUUUUGCAUAAUUUCCGGUGAUCAAAUUUCUACUACGAGGACGAUGGGAAUAGGAAUUAAUAAGGCUGAAGUUUUUACCGGUUUUACUCUAGCUUGACACUAAAUGAAACGCGCGUUGCCUUGAAAAUGCAUUCCCAGAACAUGUAUAUUUGAGAGUGCACACACACACACACACACACGUUACAGUGCGAGAGAGUGGAAGUCAUCCCCCCCCCCAGUUCUGAUUUGCGUAUACCUGCAGCAGCAGCUCCUGUUUUGGGUCGGCUCGGUUUUCUCCGGGACGUCCCAUAAACGUGGUCCGCACUGCUGCCCCCCCCCCCCCCCCCCCCCCCCUUCUCUCCUCCACAGGGAAUAAUGGAGUUCCGAGCCACUCUGCUUCCGCCAACAUCACUAUCACCCUCUUAAGUCUGGGGUCCCUCCGUAUGCUGGGGGGGGGGGGGGGGGCUUAGUAAAUGACUGUGAUCAGAACAUGCUGGGCAUGGGGGGUGAGCGGUGAGGUGGAGGUGGGGGGGGGGGUGAGAUGAGCAGCAGUCGUUUCUCUGGUUCCUUUCAUCUACUGUGGGGACCGCAGCUGUUCUCGUUUGUAGCACAGGUGUUCCCGACGACCAGACAUUUUGAAUGCAGGGGGCUCGAUUCCGCAGUCUCCCCUCCACGUGUGGUGCAUCAGUUUAUCCUCUUUGUUGUUUUUAAUUAAGGGCUGCGGCACUCCCGAAGGAAUUCCGCCGUGGUGCGAAAGCGCUCGUUUCCUCCCUCGUCUCCGAAGAUUAGGCUUUUAGAAAAACAGUUGCAUGAGACGUGCGUGCCUGUUCAAGCGGCUAUUUCAGCACCGUAGGGGGAAGUGCGAUCUCGCAAAUCGCCGUUUUAAAUCCACGUCCUUUUUUGUUUUGACGAAACGUCGCUGCUCUAGGAUGAGGACGUUAGCGCUGGGGUUUCAAAGAAGAGAAGUUUUUUAAAAAAAGCGAAUUGCUUGUUUAUAGUUUUUGGCUUGUGUGCGCACACGGCUCACUUUUUCCAUUUCUAUGCCCAGUCCUUGUUUUAGACUCUCCAUGUCCUGAACACAGUGUAAAGGUUUGGUUUUUGCUUUAGUGUUGCUGCAAAACUACGGCAGUGUUGUGAGAAUGUAAACACAUGCUGGAUGGGUUCACGUGGAAAAAAAACCGUCACUUCUACAUCUGGUACAAACCUGCUUCUUUUCAGGGCUCCAACUUCCUGGAAAAAGAAAAAAACUGAGUGUGUAAAUGCUGUUUAAUUUUAUGUUAUUUUUAUUUUGUUUUUUUUUUAUGAGUUCAUAUUCCAAUUCUACUUGAAAGGAAAAUGGUUGUUGUAGAUUUUGCAUUGUUUUUUUUGCUUUGUUCUGGAAAAACAAAAAUAAAUUGACAUAUUGUACCUGCUUUUGGAAAGUCCUCAAUGGAAUAUUGUGUAUUUAUUCCGUAAAAAUAAAUAUAUUCUCUCUUUC